AUGCGGAGUGUGUUGACGUUCGGAGCUGUGGCCAGUGCCUGGGCGCUGGUCGCAGCAGUGCGUCCUGGUGACUUUAAGAAGUGCGAGGACACGUCGCUCUGCCGCCGAUUCCGCCGGAUCGCUGAGCACGCGGAAACGACGGGCGUCGUCUCGCCCUACUCGGUGCCGAGCGGCGGCGAGAUGGACGGCCACCAGCUGCGCCUCGACGUGAGCAGCGCGCUGCACCCCGACAUUCGAUUUGAUAUGGUCUUUUCGUUCUUUGAGGACGGUACGGCGCGCGUGCAGAUGGACCAGGGAGGAGAGCGGUACAACAAUCUCCGCCGCUACAACGAGGCGCCGGUGUGGGCCAUCGCCCAGAUGCCGGAGCCUGCGUCGAAUAUCGCGAUGGAGUACAGCAGCGACACACAAAAGACGACCGUGCAGUGGGGCACGGCCCAGAACGAAAUGAUCCUCGAGCACGAGCCGCUCCGUGUACAGUUCGUGCGCGACGGCAUUGUCCAAAUGAUCCUCAACGACCGCUCGCUCCUGCACAUGGAGCACUUCCGCCCGAAGCCCGAGGUUUUCCCGAGCCCAGAGGAGCCCGAAGAUGCCAAGUCGUCGCUCGUCUUCCAGAAGCGGGCUGCCGACCUCGCUACGCGCCACGGACGCCGCUCCAAGCCGUCGCGCGAGACGAUCGAGCACUGGGCCGGGUUCGAGAAGGAGGACCAUGGCGAGUGGGAAGAGUCGUGGAGCGGCACCAAGGACUCGAAGCCCAAGGGGCCCGAGGGUCUCGGCCUCGACGUGUCCUUCCCAGGCUACGGCACGCUGUUUGGCCUGCCCGAGCACGCCUCGCCCCUGUCGCUCCGCUCGACGCGCGCGCCGCCUGCGGGCGAGGAGGAAGAGGCGGGUCGCUUCACGGACCCCUACCGCCUGAUGAACACGGACGUGUUCGAGUACGAGUACGACUCGCCCAUGGCGCUGUACGGCAACGCCCCGAUCCUGCACGCCCAGAGCAAAGGCAGCGGCGUGAGCGUGCUGUGGCUCAAUGCCGCCGAGACGUGGGUCGACCUGCACAAGACCAAGCGCCGCCCCGGCCCCGCGGUGCUGAAAGGCCGCGCAAGCGAGCGCUCGUCGCUCGACGAGACGCUGGUCAAGGGCGGCACGUCGGACCUCUCGUCGCACGCGCACUUUUUCUCCGAGGCGGGCGUGCUCGACCUCUUUGUGUUCCUCGGCCCGUCCGCGGAGGUGAACAUGGAGCGCUUCACGUCGCUGGUCGGCCGUACGGCGCUGCCGCAGUACUUUGCGAUCGGCUACCACCAGUGCCGCUGGAACUAUCUGUCUGACGACGACGUGAAGGACGUGAGCGUGCAAUUUGACGAGGCGGAUAUGCCGAUGGACGUCAUCUGGCUCGACGUCGAGUACAGCAAGACCCGCAUGUACGGCGUGUGGGACAAGCGCUCGUUUAUCGAUCCUCUGGGCAUGGUCGAGGCACUCGACGAGCGCGGCCGCAAGCUCGUCAUCAUCAUCGACCCCCACCUGAAAACGACCUCGGAGUACUACCUGUACGACGAGGCGAAGAAGGGCGACCUGCUCGUCAAGAACGCCGACGGCAAGACGGACUACGAAGGCGAGUGCUGGCCGGGCCAGUCGAGCUGGAUCGACGUGUUCAACCCCAAGGUGUGGGAGUGGUGGAUCAGCCAGUUCCUCCUGCCCAAGGGCAAGCUCGAGGGCAACGCGCGCAACCUCUUUGUGUGGAACGACAUGUCGGAGCCGGCCAUCUUUUCGGGCCCGGAAGUGACGUCGCCCAAGGACGUCAUCCACCACGGCAACUGGGAGAACCGCGACUUGCACAACAUCAACGGCCUCAUCUACCAGAACCUCACGUCGAUCGGCCUCACGCGCCGCGAGCUCGGGACCAAGGACAAGCACGGCCUGUCGGGCGUCGAGCGCCGGCCGUUCGUCCUGAGCCGCGCGUGGUGGCUCGGCUCGCAGCGCUUCGGCGCGAUCUGGACCGGAGACAACAUGGGCACAUGGGAACACUUUGCCGGAUCCGUGCCCAUGAUCCUCCAGAACGGCCUGGGCGGAAUGAGCUUCUGCGGCGCAGACAUUGGUGGCUUCUUUGGCAACCCCGACGAGGAGCUGCUUGUGCGCUGGUACCAGGCCGGGAUCUUUGAGCCGUUCUUCCGCGCGCACGCCCACAUCGACACCAAGCGCCGCGAGCCGUACCUCUACGACGGCGAGCCACGCAAGGCGAUGCGCGGCCUGCUUCAGCUGCGCUACCAGCUCCUCCCGGUCUGGUACACAGCCUUUUGGCAGAGCAACGUCGCGGGCCAGCCGGUGCUCAAGACGCAGCACCUCCUCUUCCCCCACGAUGAGAACGGGUUCGCGGUCGGCGACCAGUUCUACCUCGGCGACUCGGGCCUUCUUGUCAAGCCCCCAGUGACCCAGGGCGUGGACCGCGUCGAAAUGUACCUCGCCGAGGACCAGAUGUACUACCACUACUUUACCCAGCACGAGUACCGCGGCGCACAGAGCGGCCGCCGCGUCACCGUCCCCGCCCCGCUCACCAACGAGGUGCCGCUGCUGAUCCGCGGCGGGUCGAUUUUGCCGGUGCGCGAGCGAAACCGCCGCGCGGCAGAGCUGCAGCGCCGCGACCCUUUUACCCUGUACAUUGCGCUCUCGCGCAACCGCCAAGGCACGCGCGCCGAGGGCGAGCUGUACAUGGACGACGGCCAGACGUUUGCCUACCGCGACCAGAACGCGUUCAUCGCGCGCCACUUUGUGCUGGCGCAGGAGAAGGGCGUGCACCGCCUGCGUGCUUCCGCGCUCACCGGCAAGGACGCCAAGAUCCCGAACAGCGACGCGACGGCGCUGCAGACCGCACACAAUCCGUUUGUGCAAGAAAUCCAGUCGGUGCGCGUCGAGCGCAUCGUGAUCCUGGGCCUCGAGCAGGAGCCACGGACGAUCGUCGCGCACGCCGCCGACGGACGCACCGAGACGCUGUCCUUUACGUGGCGCGCGGCGGCCAAGGUCGCACGCUCGGCGACGGACAGCAGCGAGAUGCGUGCGUCGGAGCUCGUGAUCCGCGACCCGCGCAUGCUCAUUGCGCAGGACUGGUCGGUGGAGAUUCAGUAG